AUGACCCGCAAACGGCUCGCGAAAACGGCCGAAAUUCAGGAAACUCCCAAUUUGGACUCGCUCGCUCCAAAUCCGAUCAAAUCCGGAGAAAAUCAGGACGUUCCUGAUGAAAUGGAUACGACAAGUCCGAAAAUCGGCAAACCUCCUAAAACUGGUGCAAGUAAUUCUUUUAAGGCCCUAAAAACGGUUUUCAUGGGUGACGCAAAAGGAAAGGGCGAUGGCACGCCACGGACUGAGGUGUCAUUUGACGAUGCUGCAAGUUAUAACCACCAGACAUCCACCGAACCAAUUGCAAUCCGAAUGGGGGCAGAUGACAGUGGCACUGGGAGUGACGACAACAGCGAGUCUGACGAUGGUUCGUACCGUGUUGUGGGUGGGUACAGCAGUGUCGAGAGCUCAGACUACACUCAAUGGGAGCGCAUCCAGUCUGAAGCAAAGUUCAGUCACUUCAACCGCAGUGACCACAUGUUCCCGUGUGUGUACCAUACACCGGACAAUGACCACUACGGUAUGCUAGAGCUAGGUAGGUAUACCGGGGGUAGGUCUAUGGACACGUCUUCACAGGACAGUAUGGAUAUCAACACGGACGAUGAGGCUGAAGACAUAGACUCACAGGGAAGCGCAGAGAUGCUCCGCCACGACCGUGAGACAGAUGUGCACACACACAUACACACACGCCGAGAGAGUGGAGAUGUACACCCACACAUACACGCACGCAGAGAGAGUGGGAAGGUCAAUCGUGUGGAUGUGGGUGAGGGUGUGGGUGUAGAUGGGGGUCAUAACGCGCACGCGGGAAAUAGUGAUGCUGACAGUGAAGCCGAGGGUAUUAAAACAAUGAGUGUGCCCGAACUCGAUGCUGUUGUGGUGGAUGUGGUGCACCCGGACACGGAUGAGGACAAAAAGCCCGAUAUUUUGAGACAGGACAGGCUCGACCUGCAGCACACGGACAUGGACCUGGAGAUGGGGGAGAUGUGUCUGAUGUACCAUCCCUUCGACUACUCGUGGGUGAAGCGAGAUCCUGUGAUCAUCAUCAGCAUGGCCAACAUCACAGGCCUGUCAA